AGGGUUUGUCAAUACACAUGGGGAUAUGUCCUUAUAUGGGGUGUGAGUAGGCACACAGGUGUAGUGGUGUGUGUAUGACCGUGUGUGCAUCUGUGUUGCACCUGGGAGCAGAGUAUUUCUCUCUGUCGGCGUCUUCAGUAUAUGAUGCCCUUUGAUCCUGCGAAUGAACAGGAGGUUUCUGGCGAUUGACUGGAGGGUCUCAGCCAUCGGCAUGCUUGGAUGUGGUGAUAGUGAUGUCUUCACUCACAGUUUUGAUGCCCAUCUUUCGACAUCGUCAAACAGCAGUACAAAGGAGGACUGAUGUUCGAGAAGGAAACGACUAGUUAGCUGAUCAUUGGCUCUGGUGAUGACUUUAUUGGCGCCUGUGGCCUCAGGAACUAACAGGAUACAUCACUCGCGAGCUCUUGAUUACCUUGGCUUCAUCUUCUUCUAUUUAUAGACUUAAAAAAACCUACCUUAACACACCGCAAAGCUGGAUUUUCACUGUGAUCUUGUAUAAAUGUAAAUCUUUCGGAUAGUGGACAGAAAGCAUACGCCAUCCUGUCACAUCUUGGAUUUACGUGGGUGUUGCAACAGUCCGAGAGCUCGUGCAUCGUCUCAGCCGCCAAAUGAAGUGUUUCCGCAUGAAUGAUGGCGAACGGAAGGGUGAUCAAGGUCAGCGCUGGAUCGAUUUCAUUGGACCUGAGGAUGGAUGUUAGCUGACGUCAGCAAGCGCAAGUGGUUGUUACUCACGUUUCGUGCAUGUGGGCGCCCGCACUCAGUCCUGGAAACAAUGCAUUCGGGGUAAACUUUCAUCUGCAUUCGAAUCACAAAUGUUCUCCAGAGGAUGUAGUGCAACGUUAAAAAAAAAAUAAAAAAUCAAGGGAAAGAGAAAAUCCGGGUUUUUUUUCUUCAGAAUGUGAACUUUACUUGAAAAUAAGUAGCUUCUUUGUGUCGUAGAAGGCAUAAUAAAAUCUCAUCCAAUGUUCUGUUCGGAUGGCUUAAACAAAACUUCAAUUACACCAAAAAAAUCUUGGCAGAAGCUUUCAUUGGGGUUCAUUUUUGUGUGCGCAUACUCACUUGUGUGGACAGUAUCUGAAGAGUGAGCAGUGGUCAGUCCAAGGGGGUCUAGCCCAGGGGUUGUCGAUGCACGUCUUCGGACCCCCGGCCAUCACCGCCCACGUCGUCGGUCAAGUUCGUGAAGGUGGUGGAAGACGUAUGCACGGCGAUGGAGGAUUUACUGCGCUCGGUGUCGUCUGCCAUUUCGGACCGCUUCUACAGUUUCUUUUCUCUAACGGCAGCCGUGGCGUGUGAACCCACGGAGUGUGACGGCAACGUUGAUGCUUACGAGGAGGCAGAGGAGUGUGAUGGCAGUCAGGACUCGGACACGGAGAGCGACGUGGUGGAGGAACUCCAGACCAGGCUACAAGGUUUCUAUGGCAACGCCACCGCCACCAGCCGUCUGGCAGGCCCAGAUGGUGCUGCGCGCGCACUUCGCUGGUGAUGUGGGCUGCUUCCUGGCACGCUUCCUGACACCCGGCCUGGCGCUGCUGGAGCGCCUCCGACGACAGGUGUGCGAGCAUGCGAGUGACGUCGUAGCGGAGAGAGGUAGCUCGGUGUCGCCAGACAACUACUGGCCCCUGGCGGUGAACGAUGCCGUGCUCGUCCACCUGUGCGCACGGACGCUGUCGUCACAGCUGCACGUGGAAGGCGACUUCAUCUUCAGCUUGCGGCUGUCUCCAGACGAGGCCGAGGACCAGUCUCUUCCCUCCCUCGUCCUCUGCGUGCGCUCGCCAGAUGGCGUGACAGAGUUUCCUGUGGACGAGAGCGACUUUCGGCGAGCGUUCAUCAGCAUGGACUGGUUGACGCAUGCGCGGCAGGUGCCAGUCGGCAACCUGAAGCACGUGCUACGUCAGUGCCUCGUGGCUACCAGAGAUGUCGUGCAGCGUCUGCAAUGGGAGGAGACGCUGGCGCGGGGCCCGGAUUUCGGAGGUGUCGACGGGGUGAUGACCUGCAGUGGGAGUGAUAGCUUCUGCAGUGUUGAGGACAGCGGCAUCAACGACAGAAACAGAAGCAGUGACGAGGAAACGAGGGAUGGUGAUGGCGACAAGGAUAUGAAGUCGGAUGAGGUUGAUGAUGGCAAGACUGUGAACUCAGCUGAAGGUUGCCUUGUAGGAAACAGGGAUGUAGCAGGUUUGGAUACCGAUACUGAUCAACGAAAUGGGAGUGCAUCCAAUGUGGAACCUUCUGCUGAAGAUCCUGCUUUAUCCCGCUGCCCUCAGGAGCAAAGGAACAGCAGUUACUACCGACAGCGCAUUGUUACCUCCCCUGACACCAUCGCCCAACUGGAUUCUCAGCUUGUACAUUCAGGUGUUGCCAUCUUACCAGGUAGCAUUGAUGUGACAGGAAAGCGUGUUAUCUUCAUCUUUACCUGUAGCACCCUCUGGCACAACCGACAGAUUGUCAGCACAGAACUUGCUCGCCUUCUCAUGUACUAUCAUUCAAUACCAAGGAGAGAAAUAGUUUCUCAAGGAAUAACUAUUGUAGUGGACAUUCAUGGUGCUACAUCAUCAACUGUAAACAUUCUGCUGGAAUCACUUUAUUUAUUUAAGGAUAACGUUCCAAACAAGGUAGCUGUGAUUCAUAUCAUAACAGACAAACCUACCCAAUCUCUAGUGCUGAAGUCACCGGUCUACGAUCCCCAUUCUGGGCUCUGUUUAAACUUCCUGCUGUCACAAGAACUCCUGCUCAAGAUUAUCAGUCUGGACCAACUACCUCCUGCGCUGGAUGGCACUUUUCCUUACAGUCAUGAAGAGUGGGUGCGAUUUCGUGUGAAACUGGAACCCUUCCUGAGAAACUGCUGUGCUGUGGCGCAGUUUUUGGUGGAGGUCAUGCAGGAAUUGGCUAGUUCUGAUGUCCUGCCUUGCAGCACCCACAAGACACGUCAAAUCAUUGAGCGCCAUGAGGCUUCCGUCAAGUCUGCCUUUAAUGAUUCAAGACUCCUUGCCAUUGAAAAUGAUGGGGAAGCUAUCAUGAGCUCUCUCAGGCGUGAUGAGAGUAGCUGUUGUCAUUCUGAGGACUACAGGGAUGCUUUAGAAAAGGUAACCAGUCUCUACCAGGAACUGCAGGACACCAUGACCCAGUUAGCUUGUCUGGCAGACAAGCGACUGAAUCGGCUGGAGCAGUGUCUCCAGCUUCGAGGUUUUGAGGAAGAGUGUGAAAAGGUGCUGAGCUGGCUCCGAGAAGAUGGGCAAGUUAUGCUGACUCGUCACACUGUCACUGCCGACAACUUGAAGAGCGUCCGUAGUCAGCAGAAAGACUUUGAGAAGCUCUAUUUCAUGGCGUUGGUGUUGCAGACUUACGUCGAGAAAGGCAACGAUCUGAUCGAGGAGGCCGCCAUGUUGGCUCAGUCGGAGGCGUUCAGCGAGAGCGCCCUUGGCUACCGGGACACGGCGCGCCUGCUCAAGAAACAGCUGCAGCUCUUCUCCUCCCAACUGGAGGACACGCACGAGCGCAUCGAGGGCACGGCUCGUUGUUACAGUCUUCUGGAUAAGAGUUACGAGUGGGCUUUGGAGGCAAUGAAGUAUGUGGCCUCCAUGAAGAUGGAGCACUGUGCAAGUGGUUCUGGACUAAACAAACUUUUGACCAGCUUAGAACAGUAUCUCAAGCAGCACCCGCCAAUGUGUGAUGAUGUCUUCUGCCGCAUGAUUGACACGGCUCAGCAGUUGCGCAAUGAUAAGCUCCUGGAGCAGUGUCGUGUUGCCAAGGCAAGGUGCCAAGAAACUUACCACCUGCUGCUGCUUCGGCGGAACACACUCCGGCGUGCUAAAGACCAUCUUGCCUCUGAGCUUACAAGUGGUGGUUGUGGAGUGGCAUUGGAGGCAUCUCAUCAAGAUCAAGGUUUGGACCUUGCUGAUGGCUUCUUGCUUCCCCACGACAGUGCUGUGCCAGCUGAAGCCUGUGGUACCGUGAAAAAUGGCAAGGCUUGCAGGGAGGAGCAAAAGAAUGAAGAAGAUUCACUCCCUGUGUGGGAGCCUCGGAAAACAAGCACUCCAUCAAUGGUGGAGUCUGAACUCUAUUCAGAUCCAUAUGGGAACAAUUAUUCAAGACCUUCUCACUAUAGGAGCAGCUCCAGUGUGGGCUCAUCGCUAAAUGGGCAUGUACAUAUGCAGAACAAUGAUGCAGCAGUGUUGACUGGUUCUGCAGCAAGCAAACCUGGUGCUGAUUUGCUUGACCAAACCUAUCAUUUGCCUGAGAAACCUAGGAAAUGUAAAGAACUGGAAGAAGCUGCAGAUUUGAAACUGUCUGCCCCAUUUGGGACAGCAAAGUUGGUUUUAGGUCGAACCAUAUCAAGCCCACUUCCAGCUACAAAUUCUGCUGCUGUCGUUUCGUCCAUUCCAUCUGUUUCAUUGUCGUGUAUUCACCGUCCUGUUAAGAAGAUCCUCAAACGUGCCAGCACUGCACCUUCCCCAAUUGUCGCAGCUUCUGUCAUUCAUGAGGAUCAAGCAACAGAUGCUCAUGGGAAGCAGCAGAAAGAUCCGCACUGUGGCAAAACACACAGUCUCAUGACAGGAAGCUCAGAAAGCCUGCCCAGCAUGCCAGAAGAAGAUGAAGAUUACCAGGACAGCCAACAGACUGACUCUAGUGCCAAGAGUAAGAAGAGCAGUUGGACGCCAGUCCCUGUCAACACACACCUUCAUCAACCUUCCCGCACCAUUCCAACAGGUCCUAUGGCUGACCUCCGUCUCUCAGAGGCCGAGAUGAAAAGCAGAAGGACUGUUUUACUGAUAAUGAGUGAAAUGGUUCAAACGGAACGAGACUAUGUCCAUUCGCUGCAGUACGUCAUUGAAAAUUACAUUCCAGAACUUCUCCGUCAAGAUGUACCACAAGUUUUGCGUGGCAAGCGCAAUGUUAUUUUUGGCAACAUUGAGAAGAUCUACCAGUUCCAUUCCCAGUUCUUCCUGCGCGAACUGGAAUGCUGUGAGCUGAACCCCUAUCUCGUUGGUCAUUAUUUCUUGCGCCAUGAGAAUGACUUCCACCUGUACACUUUGUACAACAAAAACAAGCCAAAGUCUGAUGACCUCAUGAUGGAGUUGGGCAAGCAUUUCUUCAGACAAAAGCAGUUGGAGCUGAAUGACCGCAUGGAUCUGGCCUCGUACCUUCUGAAGCCUGUGCAACGCAUGGGAAAGUAUGCCCUGCUGCUGAAGCAGAUUCUGAAGGAGUGUCCCGAUGCCGAAGCUGAGCAUGCAGACCUCAAGGCUGCAGAGGAGAUGGUCAGAUUUCAGCUUCGCCAUGGCAAUGACCUGCUGGCUAUGGAUUCUCUUCGAGAAUGUGAUGUAAAUCUACAAGAGCAGGGCAGGCUACUACGACAAGAGGAAUUUCUUGUCUUUCAAGGUCGAAGGAAAAUGAUGCGACGUGUGUUCCUUUUUGAGGAUCUUAUUCUCUUCAGCAAGACUCGCCGUGGCCGACAGGGACAGCAUGACAUUUAUGUUUACAAACAUAGCUUCAAGAUGGCAGAUAUUGGCCUCACUGAAAACUGUGGCGACAGUGGCUACAAGUUUGAGAUAUGGUUCCGGAGAAGGACACUUGGAGAAAACUACAUCUUGCAGGCACUUAACUCUGAAUCAAAGCGUGUCUGGGUGCAGGACAUCUCAAAACUUCUCUGGCGCCAGGCUCUCAAAAACAGAGAAUCUCACAUUAAUGAGAUGGCAUCAAUGGGGAUUGGUAACAAACCCUGUCUGGAUCUCAAACCCAGCUGUGACAACAUCCAGGAUAGAUCUCUUAACAUAAGUCUGUCCAACCGUGGAGCACGAACACGAAACUCCAUAGCUGUUUCAUCCUUCGAGUACCUACGGAAUGGGACGAAGAGGCCACAUUCCAUCAUCUCUGUCAGCAGUAACAGCUCUUCCAACAGCAGUCACUCCAGCCUGGGUCUUUUUGGCUCCCUCAACCUGGCAUUUGACCCUGUAGAUGUCCCCCACAUUCAGCGCCAAUCACUUUUAUCAAAUGAAAGUGGAAUAGAGGCGGAUAAUUCAAGCGGUGAUGGUGAUCCAGGGGGAGGCAAAUCAGACAAUGAGCAGAAAAUGAAUUCUUCUCCUGAAGAGCCUUGUGCUGAUGUGACUAGAUCACGAAAUUUCAACCAGAGAUUUGCAGAGCCAAUCAUGACAGAUGUUUGAAAUACAUUUUGACCCUUCUAGUCCAGCACAGCAGAGCUUCAUUACAGAAGUUAUGAGAGUCAAAAGUUUGCAGAAAGACAAGCUGAGGAUUCUCAUCCAUUCUAUUGCAGAAAGUCCCAAGCUUGAUGGCAUGUUAUUUGCAAACAGUUGGUCAUACAUCAAGUAACUUGCUUUUAUCUUCAAAUCAAAACUUUUCGUUCAUUGAAAGCAGUAUAGUAAUUGAAAAAGGGAAAUGAGUCUAACAUAAUAAUUGAAAAAAGUGUGAAGUAAAAAUUUUGUAUUUACAUCUGCCUUUUCUGCUGCAACAGAGAUUUGAUGUCUUUGGACUGGAGUCAUAUUGGUGAACUAUAGGGAGUGGUUUAAACUUACCUGAACUUUUUGUCACAUUCAAGGUGCAGGUGCUUAGAUAAGCCACCAUAACUAGUGUUAGACUGUACCUCAUCCUGUCUGACCACGAAUGUAUUAGACAUUUCUAUUGUGUAGCACAAGUCUGUGAACAGCUUUUUCUUUUCUGAUUUUUUCGAUGCCUUAAUGAGAAAAAGCAUGUUUCACUUGGUUACAUAUAAAAAAAAAUUGUUUAUACAUUGUUAUUACAUUAUGAAUAACGAGCCCAUGAUUGAGCAUGUUUUGCUUUCCUAGCUCAUAAAAUUUAGGAUAAAAAAAAGUCAUUUAAAGUCGUGUCUCAGCAGAUCAAUGUACAUAAUUGUGUAAAUUAACGCCAAGAAUUUCAAAUUUAGUCAGAUUAUGUUUUGAGUGAUUAAAACUUGUAAAUAUGCACAUACAUAUGGAGAAAAGCUGAUGCUUGAAAGUUGGCUAGUCUCUUUUCUCCACCUCCUUCUCCUCCCCUUGCCCUCGCUACCUGCCAUAAGGGAAUCAUUUAUGUUGCACAGACAUAUUUCUACAGACUAUUUUUAAGAGCACUUUUCAUCUUCCUUUCAUUUUAGAAGCUACCUCCCCUCCUCCCCCUUUCAGUCUAUCCUGCACAGACUUCCACCACACUCAUGGACACAUAUACAAGUAUUUUAUAGAUAUCAAAUAUCUCAUUUUUAAGCAUGCCUGUUCAUAUUGGCAUCUGUAAAGGGUGAACUCAUUUUAUGAAAGUAUCUUUCUCACCUUAUGAAUCUCAUUAUUACCUGCUGCUACUCUUUUUUUUUUUCUUCCUAUUGGGAGGAAAAAUUGAUUUCAGAAUACAAAAGAUGGUAUUGAAUGACAAAUCAAAAUGUCUUCAUUUGAUAUACUGGCAUUGAAGAUAUUGUCCUUUGUAUUAAAGUUAAGGUAGUUGGGAGACUUUAGUAUAUAACACUGUACAGUCACGUUCAAGCAGAUUUUCCUGGUGCAUGUAUCCAUUUCAGCUCUGAAGAUUAAAUGGUGUUGCUCUCAAUGGAAAUGGGGCCAAGUUUUCACAGAGAGAGCAUUCACAACAACUUUUCUAGGUAAACAGGCUUUGUAGGCAGCUUGAAAAUUGUGUUAAUGUUGAUUAAAAAAAAACUGCAGGUUUGUUAAAAUUAUUUGAAGCAUGCAAACAUUAAAUGUAAAGGUGAAAUUAAUGGCCUUAAUUAAUUAAUCUCCUCUGCAUUGUAGCAGAAGUUGUCACAAACAUUACUACAGUUUUGUCUUUGUAAAUUUGUAGUGUCCUCAGUGCAUGUUUUACCCAUUAUGCUAACACAUUGUGUUAACCAGGCAGUCUGUGUAAUAAAGGCAGUGAGCUUACAAUUGUGGGCAGCCAGGUUAAAGUGUUAAGAAAUAGAUCUGACACUUAGCAUUUAAUUGUUUAUAUUUUUUAAAAGAUUUUUUUCACCACUUGUGUUAGGGUGUGUGCACAUGUAAAGAAUUUAUUUUAAUAUUUUGUUUCAUUUCUUUUGUUUUUCAAUACAUAUUUAUGAUACACGAUGUGUAAUAAAAAGGCAGGAAAUUGAUACAUGUGAUUGCUGUAACAUAAAUCCAGGAAAAUGAUAUAAGCAUGAGAGACAGAGUGUUAUUAUUUUGUCAUGUGUUCAUUUUGUUAAUCACAGGUACAAAAAUUUGAGGAAUCGUAAUUGUUUGGAUGCUUCCUAAAGCAUUCAGUUGUACAUAGGAACUUUCUUGACAUUUAAAUAAUGGGUAUGUUAUUGCCUAUAGAUGUGCAUGUAAGCAAGAGUGGAUAAAUGGGAAAUACCAGCAUGGAUGACAUUGUAAUGAGUUUAUACCAUCAUUUUGUAUUCCCAUACUAUUUUCACAUCUUCAUGUGAGGCUGCGUUCAUUUUCUACCUCAAAAUUAUGGACUGUUACUGCCACACUUAUAAAGUGUUACUUUUUCUGUAAUUGGUUUGCUUUUAAUGUUGUUCAGAUCACCUGAAUGUAACUCAUCUGUAGUUAUGCCAGUCUGCUUUGGUAAUGUUUUGCAUUCUGUGGGGUCUCUCCACAGGAUAAGGACAAAGGUCAGCCCCACAUUGUUAAAAUCAAAGAAACAAUUGCAGCGGCGAAUUGUGAGUGCACUCAAAUUAUUUGUGCUGGGAAAAGGGUAUAGGGAAGAGAGCAUUGUUUUUUGUUGGGGUUUUUUUUACCAUUGCCAUGCAUGAGCAUAGUAAAGUGUAUCAAAAGUCAAAAUAACUUUAUUUUACGAAAAAUAUCCUGCCUCUCUACCUACCCUUUAAGUUUGCAUUUUCAUUGUAGAAUGUAUGCAUUAAAAUAGAUAAGAAAUUUCAUACAUCAGCACAUUGGUUAAGUGUGUCAUUCUCCAGUAACAUAUCAUUAAUAACCAUGAUCACCUACCACCUUUUCAUCUUCCAGUCUAAAAUACUAGCACGUGUGCUGUUUCCAUAUAUGUGUACAAUAUUUUGUGGCAUGUUUCUCGAGUUUACUAUAAAAUGAAGGUCUUUUUUUCAAAAGUGCGUGAGAGUGAGAGAGAGUGUUGGCAUGUGUUUAAGGGGGCAGGGGGACAAGCACAGCAAUGCAAAUUAACACAGCAUUGUGAACUCACAGAUAAGUCAUUUCACUUUAAGAUUUACAAAUCUGUUUAAAGAUCUGGCUGCGUUUCUACUUUUUAUGGGAGGAAGCAAUGAGUUGAAGGUAUUUAUUACCAUAAUGAUCAAUGUAUUUUAAAAAAUUCCAUUUUUGUAAUGUAUUUCUUGCAUACCACAUUUUCCCAGACCUUUUAUACAUCUUGAAAAGACAGUAGGCCAAGGGAAAAGUUUUUUAUGGCUGGUUGAUAUAUUUUAGAAGAAUGUUCUCAUUUCUCUUGCAAUAAUGGCCCUCAUGUUCAGUCUUGGUAUUGUUGAUUCAUUAUUCUUACUGGACACUAUAAAAAUUGCCUAGAUGAAUUAAAAUUUUAAAACUCC